GUCGAGAUUGCUGUCGGCCUGACUCGAGAGGUUGGUCAGCAUCUGGAGGAGAUGAGCGGUCCUAUUGCCCUGGCGGUGUUUGAUCAAUUCCGAAAUAUCCUUCACGAAGCCGACAUCGACAAGCGAGUACAGUAUAUGAUUGAGGUGUUGUUCCAGGUCCGGAAAGAUAGGUAUAAGGACAACCCGGCGAUCAAGGAAGAAUUGGACCUGAUCGAGGAGGAAGACCAAAUAACGCAUCAGAUCGGACUCGAUGACGAGAUUGAGACACAAGAUUCCCUCAAUAUCUUCAAGUACGAUGCCGAAUGGGAGGAGCACGAAGAGGCCUACAAGAAAUUGAAGGCAGAGAUUCUGGGUGAAGGAAGUGAUGACGAGGAGGACGACGAAGACGAGUCAGACGAAAGCUCCGAUGAAGAGUCGGAGGAAGAGCGGAAGAUGGACAUUAAAGACCAGACCAACACAGACCUCGUGAACCUGCGGAGGACGAUAUACCUGACGAUCAUGUCGAGUAUCGAUUUCGAAGAAUGCUGUCACAAGCUGAUGAAGAUCUCGCUGCCCGCUGGCCUCGAGCCCGAGCUCCCGUCAAUGAUCAUCGAGUGUUGCUCCCAGGAGCGCACGUAUUCGAAGUUCUACGGCUUGAUCGGAGAGCGCUUCGCAAAGAUCAACCGGCUCUGGUCCGACCUCUUCGAAGCUGCAUUUGCCAAGUACUACGACACCAUCCAUCGCUACGAGACAAACCGACUCCGCAACAUUGCCCGCUUCUUCGGCCAUAUGAUUAGCAAUGACGCGAUUGGCUGGCACGUCAUGUCGAUCAUCCACAUGAACGAGGAGGAGACGACAUCUAGCAGCCGUAUCUUCAUCAAGAUCCUCUUCCAAGACCUCGGAGAACACCUGGGCCUGCCCAAACUGCAGGAACGCAUGCGGGACGAGAUCCUGCGUCCCAGCUUCGAGGGCCUCUUCCCACUGGACAACCCCCGCAACACGCGCUUCUCAAUCAACUACUUCACCAGUAUUGGCAUGGGUAUGCUGACGGAGGACAUGCGCGAGCACCUAAAAAACCUCCCCAAGCCCACCAUGCCCGCAUUGCCCCAACGCGAUGCCGGCGCCGACUCCGACUCGGAGUCCGUGGUAUCUCACCCAACCAGCUGCUCAACCUGUACUCCUCGCUCUCGCUCCCGCUCCCGCUCCUACUCCUACUCUCGCUCUCCCUCCCCCGGCCGUGGCCGCAGACGCUCCGUCAGCCGCGGCCGAUCCUACAGCCGCUCCGUGUCCGGAUCCUCACGCCGCAGCUACAGCUACACCCCUUCGCGGUCCAGGUCCCGAUCCCCGGCGCCCAAAUCCCGCCGACGCUCCGUCUCAUACAGUCGAUCCCCCCGCAGAAGAUCCUCCGUGUCCCCAACACCCCCUCCUCGCCGGACACGCGAUCGCUCCUACGAUUCCCGCUCUCCCAGACGCUCGCUCUCCCGGUCCGUCACCCCUCCGCCUCGCAGCAAGCGAGAUACCCACGCCCGCCGAGACAGAAGCUACUCCAGAUCCGUCUCCCGAUCUGUCUCCCCUCCUCCACGUCAGGCUGCCGGAGGUGCCGCUCGGUACUCGAAGUCUCCUCCUCCCCGCCGGCGGGUCGAAAGGAGCGUCUCCGCGUCUCGCUCUCCUUCCCGUUCUCGUUCUCGUACUCCGGAGCGUCGUGCCCCGCCUGGUCGUCGUGCCCCCCGUGAUGCUUCAGUCUCGCGCUCGCGCUCCCCUACCCCGCCGCGCGGUGGUGGUCGUCGUGGCGAUGCUGCCCCUCGUCGUCGUCGCUACUCUGACUCGUUGUCUCCGUCGCGGUCUCCGCCGCCGAGACGGCACAGGUCUCCGUCUAGAACGCCUCCCCGUCGGGUGCGCGAUUAGGGUAGGAAUAGGGUGUACGUAAUAGGUUAUAGGGAGAGAGAAGAGUGCUUUUAGAUGGAAUUUUCUGCAGGGUAUAUGUUUAGGUUUGGCAUUGGUUGUUCUAUACCGGAUUGAAACCAAGAUUUCCAAGUUCAAGGAAGGGUUCUUUAUUUUAUAUUAAAUUAAGGAUGUAUUGAUAAAUACUCAUUUCGCCUGGAUGUAUUGCAAACGGA